AUGGAAGAAGACGUGGCCAACGGCUCCUGUGAGCAGACUCCGACAAAUUCCACGUACGGCACGCCGGUCCGUGUGGCGUCUCCAGAAGUUCAAGAAUCGGAAAAUGUGGAAAAUUCGAAUUCGACUACUGUAGAAAAUUCGCUCUACUCGAAAUGCAAUACAUUAGUUCAGGAGAAGGAAAUGGAGAGACUUGAAACCCAAAAUGCUGAAUAUCGAGAGAAGUUGUUGCGAACGAUGAGGGAGAGGGAUUUGAAUGAAGAACUGCUGAAAAAUGUCCAAAACCAGCACAAAAAAGAGCUGGAAAUGCAGAGUCGACGGAUUCGAGAGCUCGAAAUUCAGAUGAAAUCGAAUAUGGACAAAUCGGUGGCCCAAGAAAUGCAUUUAAAUGUGACGACGAAAGAAAUGUCCCAAAAAUAUAGCAAAGAAUUGCAGCAAGCAACAAAGAAAGCUGAGCAAUGUGAUAAGGAAAAAAACGAAGCAGUGGUGAAGUACGCAAUGAGGGAAGGAGAAAUGAUGAAAUUACGGGAUGAGCUGAAAAUCAAGGAUUCUCAUUUGAAGGCGUUGAAAGAUGAGCUAGAAACAACGAAAAAAGCUCAAAGUCAGGAGAAUCUGAGCAAUUUGGAGAAAACUGUGCAGAAUUUGAAUGUGGAAAUUGAAAAAGUCAAACAUGAAAAGUUUGAUUUCGAGAAUCGCAUGAAAAUUGCAGAGAAACGGGUUGAGACGCUAUCUAAUAGCCUAACCGAAUCCAAACAACAAUGUGAUGUUCUCAGAAAGCAAUUGAUCAAUGCAAAAGAUGAUAAGCACAUAAUACAGCAGUAUGAAACUAAACUGCAAACCAGUACGGCGGAUUUGGAGAGACGACUUCAAGAGUCAGAUUCGAAUUUGGAGCGGUUGAAAACGUCGCAAUUGGAUUUGGCCAAUAAAUUUGAAGAAGCUUCUAGAGAAAAUACAGAUUUAUUGUCGAAAAUCGAUAUUUUGCAGGACACUCUAAGCCUAGAAGAAGACCGAAGAAAGUUAUGUGAAGAACAAAUUGAGAGGCUAAAAGGAGUUGAAAGUUUUGUGGAAAGUUCCAGCCAGCAGAUAGAAGAAACGCAGAAAGAGAAGAUAACUGCUGAGGAAGAUAAGGAACAAGCAGAAUUGGAAGCAGCUGAAAUGAGAGAACAAGUGGAGAAAAUGCUGAAAUUGACACAAGAAUUGACUGAAAGGAAUAUGGAAUUGCAGAGAAAACUUCGAGAUCGAGAGGAAAUUACAAAAUCUCUACACAACGAUAUCGAAAAAUUGACGUCGGAACUCGCAGAAAGCUACGAAACCUGCAAAUCAUUGGAGCAGAAAAAUCAAAAACUUCUAGAAGAAUUGGAAAAUCUGAAAUCAGAAGUUUCAUCAAAACCAGUGACAUUUGAGACACUUGAAGACAAAUUUUAUCAGGAAAAAUAUGAAGAAUGUUCCAGAAAAUUGGAAGAAAUGGAGUCAAAACUGGCCGAGGAGCGGAACAAUUUUUCCGCGUACAAAAAGAAGACGAAUGCAACGCUGAAAGAUUUGAAAUCUGAAAUUUCUGGCAACAAAAAAUCGAAUGGAAGUGGAGGAGAACAUGCCGGAUUAGGAGUACCAGCGUCUUCAGAUCCAUCUAUGUCUUCUAGAUCUCGGAAUAGUUCCAUAACGAGUAUUGAUCGGGUUACGAGCACAUCGGAGACAAAUUCCACAGCUGGCGAUGAGCAGAAAAAGCAGGAAGAUCAAAAAAAUGUGCAACAAAUCAUGAUUGACAAAAUUGUGGUUCUGCAGCGAAAGCUGGCGAGAAGAACUGAAAAAUGUGAAUUUUUAGAGGAACACGUCCGACAGUGUCUGGAAGAGCUGCAGAAGAAAACAAAAAUCAUCCAACACUACGCUCUCCGAGAAGAAGCAUCGCUUCUGAUGCCUUCUGAAGAAUCCAUGGAAAGGGUUCCCAUAUUCCGAAAAAGUAGCGCUUACGCUCUGAUGGGUGCCAUGUUCACCACUUCCGGCAGUGAAAAGAAGCAGUCUCAAAUUCUAACGGAAGUCAAUUCACGUCUGCAGGCCGUUCUAGAAGACGUCAUACAACGCAAUAUUUGUAUGAGGGUUAAAGCCAUCCGUAUCUCUGCUGAAGGCCUCGCCACCACCAAAUGGCUUCUCUCGGAGUCCUCAAAGUCCUCUCAUGGGCGGUCCCGAGAAGUAUCGUACUCCGCCAAAGUGACAUAUUUGGAUGAGGAUCAAAUGGUGUGGAAACCAUCAGAGGGACACUCAAAAUCUUCGGUUUUUCCUGGAAUCCAUGUAUACCCGUUCAAAUUUCAAAUCCCCAUCGGCGUUCCGCCGAGUUUCGAGGGCGACCAUGGAAACAUACGGUACCAUUUGAAGGCUACUGUAGAGAGACCAUGGAAAACGAAUCGAUCGAUAACGAGAUAUCUCACGAUUCUUCCGCCGAAAGAUUUGAAUAAAGAAGUGACGGCUGGAGAGGAAACGAGCAGUUGGAAGACGAAAAAUGUCGGAUUCUUCCUUUUUCGAUACGGAAAAGUGCAUUUGGAGCUUCGAAUCCCCAAAAAAGGAUAUGUGCCCGGAGAGACGAUUUGGAUAGAGACCAACAUUGAUAAUGCAUCAUCUAGACCGAUUUUGAAGGCCGAAUGCUAUCUGAUCCAACAAUGCCGCUUCCUUGCCUACCGAUACGGUAUCGCGGGACCAACAGAUGGUCGGAGAGCGUCUUCCUUGUCCGAAAAUGACAGAUAUUUGUCAAGAAAGCGGGAUGAAAUUAAAAUAGUGUCCGUGAUUCAUGAAAUGCACAUUGAGCCAAGAACAGAGCACAAAUCCAAAAUGAAGCUUAAAAUUCCAUGUACAUGUCCCACAUUUGACAGUACUCUCAUCCACGUGGAAUACUUUGUAGUCGUCAAACUACAUGUAAAAUGUCGUCUGAGGAAUACGGUAAAGGCGGAAUGUCCAAUUAUCAUUGGAUCGAAACCACUUAAGGAUGAGCAAUUGACGCCAAGGACGCCCACUUAUCAAGAAGUUGCCACGUUUUCAGCAUUGACUCAUAGGAGUAUGUUGUCGGUGGAUGAGCCGUUCUUCUUCCAGAAACUAACACCAAAAUACGUCUACUACCCAAAAUAUGGGCGGAGUCGAGACGAAGAGGAUGAGCCGCCAAGUUUGUCGGAUUUACAACUUCCUCCAAUCGAUUCUUUGUCUGAUGAUGAUUGA